UCUCCCACUCCCUCUCUCUCUCUUGUUAGUAACUAAAUUGUGGGCAGCUAUUCGCAAACAUUUCACAAAAUACUCUGAGUCUGCAUUAAUUCGUACGUUGCAAACUUAAACAAUAGACAAUGCCACGCCCACGUGCCAAUGGGCGCAUCGCCACAUUGGCGCUCAUUAUCAAUGCCGCAUCCAUUCUGCUGCUAAUGAUGACAACGCCAGCGCCCACAAAGGCCGAGAUACCUUCAAAGGGCAAACACACGCGCGUGGACUCACAGCAAACGACACAUGAAGAUGCGGACAUGCCGCGCUUCGCCGAGCCCAUUGCCAAUGUGACAGUGUCGAUUGGCCGCGACGCGCUGCUCGCCUGCGUGGUGGAGAAUCUCAAGGGCUACAAGGUGGCCUGGGUGCGCGUCGAUACUCAGACCAUACUCUCGAUUCAUCACAAUGUAAUUUCGCAAAAUAAUCGCAUCAGCUUGACCUACAACGACCAUCGCUCGUGGUAUUUGCAUAUUAAAGAAGUGGAGGAAACCGAUCGUGGCUGGUAUAUGUGUCAAGUGAAUACGGAUCCCAUGCGCUCUCGCAAAGGCUAUCUCCAAGUAGUGGUGCCGCCGAUGAUUGUCGAGGGCAUGACCAGCAACGACAUGGUCGUCCGUGAGGGUCAGAACGUAUCGCUGAUGUGCAAGGCACGCGGCUAUCCCGAGCCCUACGUCAUGUGGCGCCGCGAGGACGGCGAGGAGAUGCUCAUUGGCGGCGAACAUGUCAAUGUGGUCGAUGGCGAGCUGUUGCACAUAACCAAAGUGAGUCGUCUACAUAUGGCCGCCUAUCUAUGCGUCGCCUCCAAUGGGGUGCCGCCCUCCAUAAGCAAGCGCGUCCAGUUGCGUGUGCAGUUUCCGCCCAUGCUAUCGAUACCAAAUCAACUGGAAGGCGCCUAUGUGGGCCAAGACGUGAUGCUCGAGUGCCAUACAGAGGCCUAUCCCGCAUCGAUUAACUACUGGACCACCGAGCGAGGCGACAUGAUAAUAUCGGACACUUCUCGAGCUGGCGAUAAAUACGAGACCACAUCAACCGUCAGCGGUUAUACGAAAUACAUGAAGUUAAAAAUUCGCGGCGUUGGCCCCAACGAUUUUGGCACCUAUCGCUGUGUUGCAAAAAAUUCGCUUGGCGAAACCGAUGGCAACAUUAAACUUGACGAAAUGCCCACGCCUACAACAGCCAUAAUAUCCGAAAUGGCCAUGCUGAAUCGCAGCUAUGAUGGCAAGAGACGUCAUAGAAAUAAAUUUGACUCGGCUAACGCUUUGCCUGAUUACGGGGUUGAGGAGUGGCGUGACGGUGCUCAAGGCAACCAUGCUGGCAACAUUGGCGAUAACAAUCAAACGCCCGUGCGUAAUCCGCCCGGAGCAUUUCACAAUUCUGCAGGCUCACUGGCGCAGCAUAAUCUACUUGGUAAAAUAAUGCGCGGCAUUAAAACGCAAUCAUUUGGGAUUUUCAAACGUUUAUCGAGUUAUUUGCCGACGGCGGCGGCGGCGGCGACGUUAGCCUGGCGCUGGCCUAGCUGGCGUAUGAGUAAUAUGAAAAAUCAGCCCCAGACACCGGAGACCGCUGUCAGCAGCAACGCAGCAGCAGCAGCAGCAGCAGAGCACAGCAUCAAUAUGGGGGCGUGCCAAAGUCUGUCGCGCAUAAUUCACAUUGCUCAUACGCCGCGUGUGGCGCUAGCGUCAACGCCCAGCCAUUGGCCAAAGCUCAUUUGCAUAGUAAUAUUAGCAGGCAUUUAUGUAGCUACCAAUGUAACGCCAAAGUUGUUGUUGCCGCUCAUGUUGCUGCUGCUGCAUUUUAUGCAACACUCGCUACACUUUCUAUUAGUGCGUCGCAUGGGCAACAUUUAG